AUGGAGCCCUCCUAUGUGGUUAUGCCAAUCUACAAAAUAGGGAUUAAGUUGGAAGAGGUACCUGACAAGGUGAAAAAGGUAUUGAAAGAAUUUGAGAGUGUGAUGCCAGAGCAAUUGCCCAAGGUCCUACCUCUUCGAAGAUUAGUGGCCCAUGAGAUUGAGCUUCUUUCAGGAGUCAAGCCACCAGCUAAAGCUUCUUAUCGCAUGGCUCUGCCCAAUGUUCUUCCACAAACAAGUCCAUUUGAAGUGGUCACAGGACAACUACCAAGACUACCACAUACAUCCCUUGAAUCAUAUGGAGGGAAAAAUCCACGAGCAUUCAACCUUAGCAAAGAAUGGAGACAAAAUACAAAAAUUGCACAAGCAUACUUGAAGAAAGCAUCAAAGAUCAUGAAGAAGUGGGCAAAUAAGGGUCGAAGGGUUCUUAAAGAAGCAAGAAGUAGGUUGGUCCGUAAAUAUAAGAGUCCAGUGAAGAUCCUUUCUAAGAUAGGGAAUGCUUAUUACAAAAUUGACCCACCAAAAUGGAUGAAGGUGCAUCCAGUGUUUCAUGUGAGCAAUUUAAAACCUUUCCUUGCAGAUCCCACAAAUGCAAGCCAUAGGGAGUCAACUAGGGCUGCAAUCAUCAUAAAGCUACCAUCAGAACAUCAAGUUGAAGAGAUUUUAGCUGACAGAGUAUCCAGGAUAUCUCGAAGAAUAAUUCAUGAAUAUUUAGUGAAGUGGGAAAGCUUAGGACCAAAGAAAACCAACUAG